AUGGAGCUGCUGUCUGGGACAGGCCUGUGGCCUGUGGCCAUAUUCACAGCCAUCUUCAUAUUACUGGUGGACCUGAUGCACCGGCAUCAGCGUUGGUCUUCCCGCUACCCACCGGGCCCUGUGCCAUGGCCUGUGCUGGGUAACCUGCUGCAGGUGGACCUAGAUAACCUUCCAUACAGCUUGUACAAGCUUCAAAACCGCUAUGGUGCCGUGUUCAGCCUGCAGAUGGCCUGGAAGCCCGUGGUUGUGAUCAAUGGGCUGAAGGCAAUGCAGGAAGUGCUGGUGACCUGUGGAGAGGACACUGCUGACCACCCUCCAGUGCCCAUCUUUGAGUACCUGGGAGUGAAGCCCAGAUCCCAAGGUGUGGCCCUUGCAUCUUACGGACCCGAGUGGCGAGAGCAGAGGAGAUUCUCUGUGUCCACCUUGCGCAACUUCGGCCUGGGCAAGAAAUCUCUGGAGGAGUGGGUGAUCAAGGAGGCCGGUCAUCUCUGUGACGCCUUCACGGCCCAGGCUGGGAAGGCCAUCAACCCAAAUACCAUGUUGGACAAAGCUGUGUGCAAUGUGAUUGCAUCUCUCAUUUUUGCCCAUCGCUUUGAAUAUGAAGACCCUCACCUCAUCAGGAUGCUGAAAGUACUGGAAGAAAGUUUGGCAGAAAUCUCUGGCUUCAUUCCUGAGGUUCUUAAUGCAUUCCCAAUACUCCUGCGCAUCCCAUGGCUGGGUGAUAAGGUCUUCCAAGGUCAGAAGUCCUUCAUGGCCAUACUGGAUAACCUCUUGACUGAGAACAGGACGACAUGGGACCCUGCCCAGCCACCCCGAAAUUUGACGGAUGCCUUCCUUGCAGAGAUUGAGAAGGCAAAGUCCAACAGGAAAUUGACCAAGUCAUAG